AUGGAGAUUGGAAUCAUUGGCUCUGGAGUCAUAGGACUCACAUCAGCCCUUGCUCUUGUUAAAGACGGUUUUAAGGUGGCUAUCGUUGCACGCGACUUGCCUGGAGAUGAUGAUUCCCAACAGUGGUCCAGCCCAUGGGCUGGCGCAGGGAUCCUUCCUUACCCGGACAGCAAAGGACAUGACUUACAGACCGAGACAUUCAAAUUACUGGGAACUGGCCCAUCGUGA